GUCGUCGUAAUUCCAAGAUGGCGGCUCACAUGCGAAGGUUUUCAGUUUGUCGGCAAAGUUUGUGCUCAUAUCCUCGAGUAAAAAAAGCUUCUACAAAAAGAGCUGAUAAAAAUAUCGACAGAAUAAUUCGUGUAGACCAUGCAGGGGAGCUUGGAGCUGACCGUAUUUACGCAGGACAGUAUGCCGUACUCAAGAACACGAGUGUGGGUCCUGUCAUCAAGGAAAUGUGGGAUCAAGAAAAAGAACACUUAGAAAAAUUUGAGGAGCUUAUAUCAAGUAGAAGGGUUAGGCCAACGUUUUUAACACCAGCAUGGAAUGUCGCAGGCUUUCUACUUGGUGCUGGAACAGCAUUAUUAGGCAAAGAAGCAGCCAUGGCAUGUACAGUAGCAGUAGAAGAGGUCAUAGGUGAACAUUAUGAUAGUCAACUAAGAGAAUUAUUAAAAGAUGGUAUCAAAGAAGAACAUAAAGACCUAAUGCAGACUAUACAGGUAUUCAGAGAUAAUGAACUGGAGCAUUUAGACAAGGGUAYGGAGUAUGGUGCAGAACAGGCACCAAUGUACGGCAUAUUAAAGAAAACAAUUCAAACUGGCUGCAAUCUAGCAAUAUGGGUUGCCGAGAGAGUAUAACACUAAUUUACAGGUCUACAAGUGCUUACAAUCCACACAUAUCUGACUGGUAAACUAAUAAUAGUCUGUGUUAAAUUAUAAAUAAAUCUUAAUUUCUGUAAAGAAAUUUGUUUUAUCAUUAUGUGGAGGUUAAGGUGUGGGCCACAUAAAGUUGAUGACAAGGGUGCUGCGUUGAGUUUUGUUAGAAAACCAACAUUGCACCAAUCGCAAGGGAUGGUUGCGAUAUCAGAUUUUUAAGUGAAAUUCUGUGGAAUUUCCAAGUCAGACAAUGAAUUAUACUUAUACUUAUACCUGGCAAAAAUAUUGAAAAUAGACUUAUUUACAUGGU